AUGACGGUCUCAGAUGAGCAGAAAGAUAAAAGCACCCGAAGGCUGUUCGGCAUUCUGAGAUCGAAUCGAUUCACCAUCACCAAAGUUGACACUUCGCCCACGGAGUCGGCAGCUUCAGAGAGCCCAGCCAGUGGCUCCAAGCUCUUAUUCUUAUUCAGACUGCGAGACUCUUUCACAAGCACCAAGACAUCGAGCACAGAACCUGGAUCACCGACGACGCCCCAAAGCACGAAUGAAGUCUCAGGGCCAUCGUCAAACGACACGGAAGGGGAUAGCUCGACUGAUGCCUCUCCUGCACAAACCCAGUCACUGGCUUCCUCGUCGUCUCCCUCUGUCGAGCCUGAUGCCAUUAAUCCUGUUCCGGGAUCCUCGCCUGCCGCAGGCUACACAGCGGGAAAGGAAGCCUUCCAACCUCAUGGGCGGUCUGAAGUGCAGCAAGAUACUACUACCGAUGAUGAUAAAUGCAUCAUCCUGAGUGAGUCUCCAAAUACGACCAGGUCGAAACUCGAUCGGAUCUCGCAAAAGAUCUCCUCGUCGAUUAAUCGCCCAACGGUGAUCCGCCGCGGCCAUCUGAGAAAUAGACCCAGCGUCCUGGUCCUCGACUUUGCCGCUCCUUCCAAUUUGAGCAAGCAGGGUGACGCCGCGAAUGAUAUUUCGAACCCGUCCACAACCCCGAGCAGCAAUGGUUCUCCUCUCAGUGGCCAGUCCACGCCUCCAACUUCUGGAGAGCCGUCUCCUUCGCCGGAAAGAUCCAAGCCCUUCAGUGAACAAGUCCCUAGACCAACCGACUGGGGCUAUUUGUCAAGUCGCGACCUGGGUGUGAAGUCGGCACCUGCUGCUAUCAUGCCGCCGAGCACCUCCCCGUCUGUCUGGACUGUGGAAGCGGCUUCUGCAGCAAAGAUUUUCUUCGAGGUCCAUUUCGAUUCGCUUCUUGCCAAUGUGAACGCUCGCUCUCAGCGUCAGCAAGAACUGGAGGACCACAUCUAUUUGAGCCAGCUCACGCUCGAGGACCAGAUAGUGGCAAAGCACAAUUGGGUCAUGCAGGAAAAUGAACAUCUUCGUCGGUGCCGUGCUCUCAAAAGCACGCUUUGCUGUCCGCAAAGCACAGAUGCUGUCUCGAAGGCUGGAUACGAGGCGAUCAAGGUCCUCGGCAAAGGAAGCUUUGGCGUGGUGCGUUUGGUUCGCGAGAAAGACAGUCCAAAAACGCCAUCUGAGGAUGGAGAGUUGCUGCGCACGAACGACAACAGUGCCAACAUGAGGAGCAGGCAUAUGGAUUUGUUGCGACCUGCGCUGGAUGGGUCCAGGCGCAGCCGGCGCCGGUAUAUGACUGGGGAGCGGAAGGGGGUGUAUGCGAUGAAGAUCAUUCGGAAGUCGGAGAUGAUCCGCAACUGCCAAGAGGGACACAUUCGUGCAGAGAGAGACUUCAUGGUGACUUCUGCAAAGUCUCGCUGGAUCGUUCCCUUAAUCGCUAGUUUCCAAGAUGCCAACAAUCUGUAUCUCGUCAUGGAUUUCAUGGUGGGCGGCGACUUCUUAGGGCUUUUGAUUCGUCAUGAUAUCCUCAAUGAGGACUGCACGCGGUGGUAUGUCGCCGAAAUGAUCCUUUGUAUCGAGGAGGCGCAUAAACUUGGUUGGAUUCACCGCGACAUCAAGCCAGACAAUUUUCUCAUCUCGCCUUCGGGACACUUGAAGAUUUCCGACUUCGGACUGGCCUUCAAUGGACAUUGGUCUCACGAUCAGGUGUAUUACGCCGUCCAGCGCUAUUCACUUCUAGACAAGCUCGGCAUUCGGAUUGAAGGCGAUGACGAAGAUCAAGAGGAGUCUGCUAAUGCGAAAGAAACGUCCCUUUCCAGCAUCGAUAAACCCGGUCUUAAAACCGGCCGAGAGCUGACUGCCGGAUUGCCGGGCUUGCAAGAUAUCAAGGAUAAAAGGCGACUUGCAAAGAGUAUGGUAGGGACCAGCCAGUACAUGGCGCCUGAAGUCAUCCGGGGCGAGGUAUACGACGGGCGAUGUGACUGGUGGAGCGUGGGGAUCAUAUUGUAUGAGUGCCUCUACGGCUUUACUCCGUUUGCUUGCGAAAGCCGUCGUGAUACAAAGAUCAAGAUUCUCGCAAGUUCAAAGCCCUGUUUUAUGUACCUAUUUCUAACCUGUAUCUUCAAGCACCAUGUCCGAACCUUGCACUUCCCAAGAGAGAGAUCACACGAAAGGCUGGUAUCUCAAGAAGCUAUUGAUGUCAUCUGCCAGAUCCUGCAAGAGCGAGAGUUCCGCUUAUGCUCUCGAAGAUACCAUGCCAACGACUUUCUGGAUUCUCGAGCUAUCCCAAUGCACUACGUCUACUCCACAGACCCUCGACACCGAAGCAAUAAGCGGAGCUACGUUUAUCCCAACGAUGCAGGCCCUAUCAAGACCCAUUCGUUUUUCAGAGGCAUCCCCUGGGAGGAGAUCCAUCGUCUCCGGCCGCCGAUGGUCCCAAAAGUGAGAAACUGGGAAGACACCCGGUAUUUUGACGACUGGAAAUCCCUCGUCGGUGGUCUUGACGAUCCUUCGGACACGAGCACUGCAAAAGCAGCUGCAAACCCUGCUAUCCCGGUGUCCCAAGAACCGAGCUCCGCAACAACCUCCCUCGAAGCUCAGGCGUCGGAGGAGGAGGCCGUGGAAGAAGAUACGGCGGAGCAACAACAACCUGCCGUGCGUAAAAUGAAAGACGAUGAGAAAAAGCAGAAGGAAAAGAAACGGGCCCGUGAUGUGAUGCUUCGGGAUAAGGAGAUCGGAAAGAUCGUCUUGGAGAUGCGCAAGAAGAGUGCGUUUCUGGGAUAUACUUAUCGCCGACCCAGAGCCCCGGCUGUUGCGGUCAGCAUGGAGCGCGGGCGUCAACCGCUGGAUAGAGGACAAUUUGCCGAUCUGUAUGCGUUGUGA